AUGCGCUCUCUAGCGGUAGAAAGUUUAACUAAAGAAAAGAACCAGAAGGAAAUUACCGUCAAACCACCCCUAUUUUGUGUCCGCACCUACUCUGACGACUGUCCUGAUUUUUCGAUUUCGAGAAUCUGGGCUUGGUCAGCAAUACCUUCGAAUGGUAUCUGGUACACCUUAACCUUACCUUCACGUUGGUGGAGACGGUUUAAAAUAGAUGCAACUUUGAGUGAAUCAAAUCUUGCAGUCCGUGAACUUCACGGUUGCAAAUUCGGAACCUCGCCUCGAGCAGAACCGAGCUAUUCGGUACUCCUGGUGGCAAUCGGCGGUAAUUGUCAGCUGUUGAGAGAUGAAGAGCGACCGACGAGGUACGUCUUGCCCUACUCAGGGCUCACCGGAGGCGAGGAACCAGAAGUGGCCGAUGACAAACACUACUACAAACCAAACAGACGAGCCGAGCGAAUACCGGCAACUGCUUAUCAGUACGACGAGGCGGAAGAAGAGUAUUACCGGCCGCAGCCGCAACCUCGUCCCAAAGCUGAAACCGAAUCGUACCGGUACCAGCCCACGACGCCCUCGCACAAAGACUAUGAAGAAAUUUUGAAGCACAAUCACCUGGUGAGGUUGAGGGUUGCUGCGAAGAAACAAAGUCAACCCCCCACACCACAGCAACAACAACAACAACAACAACAACAGCCCCAACAACCCGUGGAACAAUACUUGAAAGAAGUUAACCCAACUACGAAAACUGCAUACCAAAGACCGUCCAAUUAUUUACGGUUCAACAGUCAAAGCGCUGUGAAACAAGAACAAAGUGAAGAAACCCCUCUGAAACAACAAUCUUACAGAUACAUUUUGCAACCUGAACUGCAACAACAGAAACCCUAUCCGCAGUAUCAGUACGAACCCCAACAGGAAUCACCCAAGUCGGCCCCUAAGACACCACACUUUAAUUUAGUGGCGUACCAAAACGCUUUAAUCGCUCAACAAAAACUUCUUGCGGCAGAAAAUCAAGAUGGUCAUGACAGUCCGUCGAAAUCCGCGAUUUAUGUUUCACAGAGUGUGAAGAAAUCUAAAAAACAGAAAACGACACCCACACGGCCAACUAGCACCCAGCAGUACGAAUACUAUCCUCAAGUCCCCCCGCAGCGUCCUACCUAUGCACCCGAAUCUGCUUCUAGUCGGUACCAGCAACCUCUGACUCCUCGAAAUGUUUACCCAAAGAACGAAAACUUCCAAGUGGAAGAUUCGUUGUUGUACCCGGAACCAAAGGAGUUGGAAUAUCAGACUCAAGCACCCACGAGGGCGACUAAACAAAGAACUACAAGACUUCCAAGGCGGAAGCCCAAGUACCAACCUACAGAAGAACCACAGGAGGAAUAUCAUCCGGUUUCUAAAUACCAAGACGAGCAAUAUGAUUAUCAACCGAGUUUGAAAUAUCAAGAUGAGCCGGCUUAUAGAAGGCCGUUGCCUAGACCUACAAAACCGUCAAAAUAUGAAGAUCAGGGUGAUGGCAAAGAUGAGUACUUGUAUCAGCCCGUACCCAAGUAUCAGAGGGAAAGGGAGAGUCUUCCCAGAGAGAGUCUUCCUCGAGAGAGUCUUUCGCGAGAGAGUCUUUCCAGAGAGAGUCUUUCCAGAGAGAGUCUUCCCAGAGAUAGUCUUCCUAGAGAAAGUCUUCCCAGAGAGAGUCUUCCCAGAGAGAGUCUUCCCAGACGGCAACAGCCUCAAUACGCACCAGAACCGGAAGUGAGACCUAGUAGAUACCUUAGUAGGCAACAAUAUCAAGAGGAAAGCAAACAGCUUCCACAGUACCAAUCUGCGGAUUUGGCGUAUCAACCGUCAGCCGAAGUGGCAGUGAGACAAACCGGACGAGGACCGUCUGUUUCUUACAGGCAAGAAUUACAAAAUUCCAGUGUUAGAUAUUAUAGGAAUUUGGGGAACCCUACAAGUUACGUUGAAUAGAGUAUUAAUUUCUUUAGUUUUAGGGUAGUUUGUAGGUGUAUACGUGGAAUAACUAUCAAUUUG